AACACUGAAACCUUUAAAAAUAACUGAUCAAGAAGUUCACAAGAAUAUACACUUCUGUAUACUGUGUAUCUCUCAAAACAAAUAUGAUUUUUUUGUGCAGGUUCCGCAAUACAAUCUAUGCAACGGAAAAUGUCAGAAUAAAUGUAAGCAUCCCCAAGGCAAUGACAAGCUUAAUAUUCAUAUUCCAUGAAUCAGCCAUUAAAAGCACGUGAACAUGCAUGAGCACUGCAUUAAACUUCAGAGAGGCCGCACGUUGCCACAUAUUUACAGCCUUACUACUGCUUUAAGAUCCUUGCUGGCAAAGACCCCAAAAAUGAAUUCAACGUCUGAUUCUGUGGAUGGUUAUGAGGAAGCUUUAGUUAAAAACAUUAUUAUAGUUUUUCUUGGACUUAUCAUUAAUUCUAUUAACGCAAUGCUUGUGGUCACUUUCUUUGACAAUCCAAUAUUUUCAAGAGACUCCAGAUAUAUUUUAUACAUUCACCUUGUAAUAAAUGACAUGAUUAUGAUCUUUGUGUCAGUCACGCUUUAUGUGAUGAGCUACACUUCACGAUUUGUUAAUUUCCCAUUUUGUUGCAUAUUGUUGACUCUUGUUUCAACUACCUUUAUGAUAAGUCCAUUGAAUCUGGCCGGCAUGGCCAUUGAGCGUUUCAUUGCUAUCUGUAAACCUCUGCACCACCCUCAGAUAUGCACACCACAAAGGACCUACAUCUUUAUUAGUUUUUUAUGGUGUGUAGGAGCCAUACCUUCACUGGCAGAUAUCAUUAUUUUAUUUUUAACACAGACUGCAUCUUCCUUCAAGUCUCCUGCUUUUUGCUACCCACCAAUUGUGUUUCCUACCAAACUCCACCAGGAUCGUACAACUUAUUCACAAGUCAUUUAUAUGUCAUUAGUGUGGUUAAUUUUGAUUUAUACUUACUGCAGAGUUUUGUUUACAGCAAAAAAGGCAACUUCACAAGGAUCAGCAAAUAAGGGCCGAAACACAAUACUGUUGCAUGGUGUGCAGUUACUUCUUUGUAUGCUGUCUUAUCUUUCACCAGUUUUGGAUUAUGUUCUUUAUAUUUUUUUUCCAAUACACAGAAGUAAGAUCAGUUUCUUUAAUUAUCUGCUUACAAAUAUUAUUCCACGAUUACUGAGUCCUUUGAUAUAUGGUGUCCGAGAUCAGAGGUUUGCAAAAGAAUUAAAGAAACACUUUUCUUGUAAACAUUUAUUUGCAAGGACUGUGCCCUUAUAAAUAUGCCAAAGUGACUGUAUUUAAUGUAAUAGUUGUGCUUAUUUUUGUAUUAUGUGUGGUUUCAUCUCAAUGUAUUGGAGACAUUUAUUUCAUCUUUAAAUAUUGUGCCAUCAUAAACAUCAUUGUUAUGUUAUUAUUAAUUUUUCAUGAACCAGUACCAUAACUUGAAUUAUUUCUUGAUCUCAUAUUGCUUGGACAAUGUUUGUGUUGUGUAACAUAUUGUAUACUAAUGGCAUGUAGCACCUUGCACUUAUACUAUCAGCCUACCAUCUGCAAUUGGCACAUAUUAGUAACUAUUUCUUAAAAUGUCAAAAUCCCUCUGAAAGUGUGCUAUAAAACACCUCAGUUAAUCUGAAGGGCAGAGCUCUUCACUCAUAUUAUGUGUGCAUUUAGAGACAUCCAAAGGAAGAAAUACGUCAGUGCAACUUUACUUUGACAACACAGCAGCAAAAAUCAUGCUGAUACUGUUAAGAUUGAUGUUGAAAAUUAAUGUGUGCCAAAUAUCUUCUCUUUUCGAAUUUUAAUUUAAAUGUAUCUCGGAACUAUUUCUUCUUUAAUGUAAUGUG